ACAAACUCAGAAGUGACCCACACCACUCUGCAGCUCUCUUCUGAACAGUUUGCAUAAAAAAAACCCUGUGAAUAAUGUGAUCUACAAAUCAACGAAGAGUGUGUUCGCGUGACGUUUGUGCUUCCCCUCAUUGCGUCUGGUUGCGAUUUUGGGUUUCGCGCCGUCUCCGAGUGAUCUGCGCAGACCUCUUACUAAGAGAUGCUGCCAUGUCCCGACGGCUGUUUCCGCGACUGAACGUGCGCUGGCUCGCGGCGCUGCUCGCGCACCUGGCCGUGGCGUCUGCUGCGCGCGCGCACACCUGCAGCGAGGUGAAAACGGCGUUCCAGGUGCGCCAGAUCGGCCCGCUCAAGUGGGUCCCGGAAGCACCUGCUACAGAUGUGAACCUGUUGGUGUGUAAGCAUGUUGGGCCAUCCUGCUGUACUCGCAAGAUGGAGGAGAGCUACAAACUGGCAUCAGUGAGGGAUACUGUGCAGAAUAUCAGGUCAUACAGCUUCGAACUCAAAUUCCUGCUCUUGAGCCAUGCUACUACCUUCACGGAUAUGUACCAGUCUCUGUUCACUUUCUCCGAAGAUCAUCUGCUGUCCCUUUUUGAGAGCACCUACACCUCUUUAUCUUCUGGAAUCCCUCUCCAUGUCAGCGCUCUCUUUUCUAGUCUUUCCAAAUACAUCCAGGACACCUCCAACAUUUCCGUGGAUGCUGCAGUUAACCAAUUUUACGACCACCUCUUCCAUCUAGUCCACAACAGCAUUAUCAAGCCGGGCAUUGCUGAGGAGGACAACCUCUCUGAAUGCCUCCAUGCUACUCGCCAGGAUGUGGAUCCAUUUGGCCCUCAUGUUGAUGUCAUGGCGGAGGAAUUGUCAGAUGCCAUGCAGGCAGCCAGGGCAUUAAAAAGGGCAUUUUCUAUGGGUGAGGAUUUGAUGAAUGUCACAGAAGUGGCACCUUUGACCAGUGAGUGUGCCCGAGCACUUCUGAAGAUGCAAUACUGCUCACAUUGUCAAGGCUUAACACUGAUACAUCCUUGUCCUGAGUUCUGCCUCAAUGUCAUGCGUGGAUGCUUGGCGAACAUGGCAGAGCUAGAUAUGCCUUGGAGGCACUAUCUGGCUAUCCUAGAAGACCUCCUGCAUACUGUAGCUGUAGAGCGCAGCAUGGAACUUGCUCUUCUCAGUAUCAGAGGUCACGUCAAUGAUGCCAUACGUCACGCACAGCUACAUGAAGCCAGGAUCAGCGCUACUGUGGAUAAAGUGUGUGGCCCGUCCGUGUCUGCGAACCAAAGUGCUCACCCCACCACUGCUAAGAUGAUUCCUGCAAUAACACUUGCCCCAGAACCCUCAACCAACCAGUCAGACCCUGUCAUGAAGCAGCUGGGAAGACUGUCUCACCUACGCAGCUUGUUCCCUCUGAAAUCAACCAAACACAAUAAAGACAGAAGUCUAAAUCAGAUUGCUCGGGAGUUCCUGAAAUAUAUUGUACGCUACAAGGCAUUUUUUGCUGCAGUGCCGGAGAUGCUGUGUGAAGGAGAGGUUGUGCGUGAUGAACCCACCUGCUGGAGCGGAAACGACGUAGUGGAAAGUUAUAAAGGUCGAGUGGUGGGCAAUGGAAUUCUUGCUCAGAGACACAAUCCUGAGGUGAGGGUCAGUGGUCCAGAUGCUAUGUUAGCAGCAGUAAAGGAAAGACUCGAGCACUUCAACCAGGAGAUUCAACAGCACAUGCCAGCACUGGGACACAGGGAUUCAUGGGAAGACCUGGGCAGUGGCGAAGGCAGUAGCGGCGAUUGUGACGAUGAGGAUGGUUGCCAGGGGUCAGGGGAAGGCACAACUAAAUCCUCUAACACAGACUCUAGUGUUGACACCACAGUGGUGGUGAAAUCUCCACCUCAUGAUGCUCCUGUUGGACGUUUUAAACCCAAACUCCAAAGUAGAGCUCAGCUUAAUCUCCCCUCAUUCACCACCCUCAUCCUCAUCCUCAUCCUGGGACUGCAAUGGACCUCGAACUGAGAGGUUGAAGAUACACAUAAACAUGAAUAAAAAAACGCAAGAACCUCUUCUGCCUGGAUGCUUAUGUUUAGCUCUAUAUCGUCUUCCAAGACUGCUGCCAUUUUUCAUGGCAGCAAAGAUCGAAUAUAUUCUUAAAGCAGUUUUCUCUAACAUAAACACACAUGAUCAAGCACAUUAGUAGGCAUUUACUGCUUUUAACCAUAUUCUGUCGGAUGAAAUGUCACAAACAUUCAACCAGUCAGUAAAUUGCAUGGCAGAAUCACUUCUCAAGCAUAAUGGACAAAGACAAUAUCUGAUCAGCAAGGAAUGUUCUCAGACACACAGAGGAAAUAGAAGAAAAAAAUUAUAUUAUUGCUAUGCUCAAUUAUAGUUUGUAUAUAGUUAUAAUUCCAUAGUGAAGACAGUUUUUAAAUAAAAAUACUACACAAAAAUCCCAACAUUUUUAUUAUAAUAUGUAUAAUUAUUAUAAUUGUAUAAUUGAUAUUAUACAAUUAUAAUAUAAAACAUAUAUAAUUUGGUUCACACAGAAAAACAUCUUUUUAACAAUUAUGUUAUAAAAUUGAUAACUUCAACAGUAAGAGUAUUAAUUAUGUAUUUAAUUGCUUCAGAUUAGAUGUAUCACGUUUAAAACCCUUACCCUUUUUUUUGUGAAGCCACAAUGGAAAAAUAAGGGUAGGGCAGAAAGUGGCAUGUGAUUUUAACAUCAACUUAAACCUAAUCAAUGAACACAUGCAUCAAAUACAUUUGCAUUUAUGGCAUUCGGCAGAUGCUCUUAUCCACAGCGACUUACAAUUAUCUCCUUUAUACAAACGAGAAGUUGAGGGUUAAAAGCUUUGCUGAAAAGCCCAGCAGUGGCAGCUUGUUGGUAUUGGAAUUUGAACUCACAACCUUCUGAUCGGGAGUCCAACAACUUUAACCACUCAGCUACCGCCUCUUAUUUUCAGUAACACUGCAGAAUUCUGCUUGGUGUUAGUAUGUGUAAUGUCUUCAAAUUGUAUGUUAAUUUUUGCUACCUAAGUUACUAUCACUCUUAAUGGACUAGCUAAGUUUUCAUCCACAUAUUUUCAAAUUAGACAUCUCAUUGCAUCUAAAAUCUGAUUCCUGAUAGAAAACGUUAGAAUUCUUCAGUUAAAGCUUCCCAUUUCAGUCAGCACCACACAAAAUGUACUUUUUUACUGCACUUUAAAAGUGAUUGUAAAAGUUGAUCAUAUUUGUAAUUUGUAUUUCAUCUGUUAAACAGUUGCUGGGAUGGAAAUGUGGUUGUUAUUCUACAUUUAAUUAAGUAAUGAUGGGAUCUUCAGGCUAGGUUUCUGUGAUUUUCUUAUUUGUUAUACAAAAUUUUGCUGCACACCUUUAUGUAUUUUUUUACAUAGCAGUUGGACAAUAGUUCCACAUUUCUAGGACUGGUAAGGAAAUUACUUAUGCUUCUCUUUUGCCUCUUAUUGUCAUCAAAUGCACAAUGGACAUUUGCAUAGAGUAUGUAUAAAUGUAUAUAAGGUCAUUCACUGUUUUGUCUGUGUAUUGCAUUUUUUUUUUUGUAUUGUGAAUGGUGCAGUGAGAGAGGCAAUGAAUCCUUUUAGUGCUUUCAAGAGGUCUGAAAUUUUAUAUUUAAAUCAAGAAGAUGAACUGCUUCCCACACUUCUGAAAUGACUUACAGUUGAUAUCCCAUUAGCCUUGGAAUGUUGAUAUAUUAACAUGUCACAUUAACAAAACUUUAGAAAAAUUGUCUUCAGCUUGAAAAAGCAUAUACAUUUGCAAAUGUAAUAAAUGCCCCGCAGUUGUACAAAAUGCACAAAGAAAUGCUGUUCCUGUGUGGCUGUAAUUAGUCACAAUGCAAGUGCAAACGUAACCAAUUUGCAUUAACUACAUUUAUUUUGUAAUUUUGAAUAUUCAUUAAGGUAUCAUUUAAUAGUAAAUAAACAUUGUUAUAAUGUUUGCAUAUGUUUUUGCAUAAGGACCUCUUUUAUAAAUCGGUCACUUAAUGUAUUUUUUUUUUUUUUUAUGAACUAAAAAGGAACAAUGGGUUAUAAAAGUGUCAUGACUUCUCUUUGAAUAAUGUCACUUGGCAAAACCAUUUACAUUUUCAAAAAACUGCAUAUUUCCAGUGUUGUUGCAAUUCUUUUGCAGGUUGCUAAAGAUUUGCAUCUAAAGAUUUAUAUUUAGAGGAAAAUCUUUUUUAAUUUUUUCAAAUCCCUAUAAUUUACUGUAACUAUUUCUUUAAAUCAUUUUUCUCACCAAUUAUGUGUCAAUAUGUGGUUUAACUGAAAUUACACAGCCGAAUCUAAAAAGGUAAACAUAUUUGCUGGUUUUAAAAUUGAAUUAACAAUGAUUUAUUUGACAAAGAAUUAACAUAAAUUUAUAAAUAUGACUAAGUUGACUGUCAGUUAGCUGAAUGUAUGACAACUUACCUUUCUGAAUUUAAGAUUUCUACAUUAUAUGUUAACUCGGCUACAUGAUUCUUUAAGUAGCUUAUAGUUUUGAGCUAAAAAGCUGUUGUAAAAGUAUGUUUGAAACCUUAAAAAGCUUUAUUUGCAUUUGCUUGUUUAAACUGAAGUGAUUGUCACGAGUCUGGGGCCUCGCCAUAAAGUCAUUAUUUCUACAGUUUCAUUAUUACAUUGUUUUAAUAAAUCUCUACAUUUAA